AUGUGCAGUACAAUGCCACAGAGCAAACUUGAGAAAGGUUUCAAGUUUUAUGUGUCGUCUUAUCUCUGCAAUUAUGAAGUGUCAGGUAAAAGCAGGGCCACAAAUGAAAUCUCAGUGAAAGCUCACUGCUACCGCUCUAUGAGGAAAGCAGAGACUCAACACCAUCUGAGAAUGGCAUUACGUGAUUCAGAGCCAGUUGUGCUGGUUAACAGCUCCUGCUCCUGUGUGGCUGGGAGUGGGAUGUGCAACCAUUUGGUUGCUUUGCUUUACCAGACAGCCCAUUACUAUGAAUCUGGAAUGUCUGUCGUCCCUCCUGUCCUAUCAUGCACCCAAACAGAACAGAAGUGGCAUAAACCACGAACAAUGGGAGUGAAGCCGGGACCGGUGGAUGCCAUGGUGGUAGUGAAGCCCAAACCAGGUGCUACUUCAGCAAGUGGAAUCAGAUCUUCACUAUACAAGGCCUACAGUGGUGAGCUGCCAGACCCAUCAACACUCAACCCUAAAGCUGUCUAUGCCGAAUUCAAACCAGGAUCUCUUCCCCUUAUCUGCACAAUGAAUCUCUCACCUGACAAGCCACUCGUGGAGUCGAUUAUCGGUAAGGUACAAGCUGGCAGUAUCCUAUCGUAUCAGCAUCCACCACCUACACCUGAUGGUUUCAUCACCCAUAAGGAUGCACCCCCAUUCCCAAAAGUGCCACCAGAGGGCUACCAGUUAAAGCUAAAUAAAAAACAAAACACAUGAAGAGGGGACUGGAUAUGGAGGCAGGUGCCUUAAAGGACUAUGCAACUCUUAAAAACCUGAACUUAAGGAAAUGUGGACUGGUGAUUCAUCCACAUGCACCUUGGCUGGGUGCAUCACCUGAUGGGCUGGUAUAUGACCCGCUUGAGAGACCAUCAUUCGGCUUGGUUGAAAUGAAAUGCCCAAAUGCACUAAGCUACGUUGACUGCAGGUACCUCAGAGUUGAUCAUGGAACAUAUAAAUUAAAGGAAAGCCAUGCUUAUUAUUGGCAAGUGCAGGGGCAGUUGCUUAUGACGGUAUGGAAUGGUGUGACUUUGUUGUCUGUGCCCAUGAUGACAUGUUUGUGCAGCGCAUUUACAGAGACACUUCUGUGUUAAGCUCCCUGAAACAGAGGUGUGAUUUGUUUUUCUUUUUUACAUAUCUGCCAAAAUACCUCUCUAUGCACAAGUAACUAAAGAGGCACAGUGCACAGGAAAUGAAUUGAUGCAUGAUUUUACAAACAUGUCAUUUUAUUUUGUCUUGUCAUCAAAAGGUCAUUAAAAUAUUUG